GAGAAUGAAGCGGGGGGCGGGGCCGGCCGCCUUAUCCGGCCAGGUGGGAAGGGCUUAAGAGCCGGGAAAGCCUCCUGGAUCAAGGUUGGGAGGGUGCGCCGGGAACUUCCGGGCGAGUUUGGCGCAUUUCCGGUCAAGAUGGCGGCGCCCAGCAGAGUCAGGUGCGGGCGACUCUGUCUUUAGUAGCGGCGGCGACUCACAGCCCGGGGAGACCCCCAGGAGUCGACCCGACGGGACGCCAGAGCUACCUCAGCGGUGGCCACCCGCUCUCCCAGACACAUUCUUCCCUUCGCAAACAGCCCAUGGCGGACCAAGGCUCUGGGGGCAGCCGCCUCCCCCUGGCGCUGCCCCCGGCCUCCCAGGGUUGCUCCUCAGGGGGCGGCGGCUCCUCGGCCGGGAACUCGAGCCAUCCUCCGCCCCCGCGAAACCUCCAAGGCCUGCUGCAGAUGGCUAUCACGGCGGGCUCUCAGGAACCAGAGCCCCCUCCGGAGCCCAUGAGUGAAGAGAGGCGUCAGUGGCUGCGGGAGGCCAUGUCCGCCGCCUUCCGGGGCCCGCGGGAGGAGGUGGAGCAGAUGAAGAACUGCCUCCGAGUGCUGUCCCAGCCUACACCCUCCUUGGCUGGGGAGGCCGAACUGGCCGCUGACCAGCAGGAGCGUGAGGGGGCCCUGGAGCUGCUGGCCGACCUGUGUGAGAACAUGGACAAUGCUACAGACUUCUGCCAGCUGUCAGGCAUGCACCUGCUGGUGGGCCGGUACCUGGAGGCAGGGCCCGCGGGGCUGCGGUGGCGGGCGGCACAGCUCAUCGGCACCUGCAGCCAGAACGUGGCGGCCAUCCAGGAGCAGGUGCUGGGCCUGGGCGCCCUGCGCAAGUUGCUGCGGCUUCUCGACCGGGACUCCUCCGACUUGGUGCGCGUGAAGGCCCUGUUCGCCAUCUCCUGCCUGGUCCGGGAGCAGGAGGCCGGGCUGCUGCAGUUCCUGCGCCUGGACGGCUUCUCCGUGUUGAUGCGGGCCAUGCAGCAGCAAGUGCAGAAGCUCAAGGUCAAGUCGGCGUUCCUGCUGCAGAACCUGCUGGUGGGCCACCCCGAACACAAAGGGACCCUGUGCUCCAUGGGGAUGGUCCAGCAGCUGGUGGCCCUGAUCCGGACAGAACACAGCCCCUUCCAUGAGCAUGUGCUUGGAGCCCUGUGCAGCCUGGUGACAGACUUCCCCCAGGGCGUGCGGGAGUGCCGGGAGCCCGAGCUGGGCCUGGAAGAGCUGCUCCGUCACCGCGUCCAGCUGCUACAGCAGCACGAGGAGUACCAGGAGGAGCUGGAGUUCUGUGAAAAGCUGCUACAGACCUGUUUCUCCAGCCCGACGGAUGACAGCAUGGAUCGGUGAAACCUGGUGGCUUAUCGCCUGUCUCCGUGGAGCCCCAGGCCUCCUGCCUCCCAAGCGAGAGCAGGGCCUUACUGGUGCAUGGCCAGGGCGUGCCAACCGGUCUCUGCUCAGCCCCCUGCAGGGGCACCGGGGAAGGCUCUGGCUCCCUGGAUCUCACCUCUUGUGCUCUCACGCCCUUCCUCCUUCUUGUGUCCACACUGUUCUAAUAAAGGUGUUUCUCUUCCUCCAGCUC